AUGGCGAACGACAUUAAGCAUCGAGUGAACGACGCAGAUUUGGCAGCUGCAGAGGGCCUUGAGAAAAUGGGCUACGCGCAAGAGCUGUCACGCUCUCGCGGGCUAUUCGGCAUUCUGUUUAUGACACUAGCUAUCAUGGCUGUACCAUACGGAUUGGCCGCACCUAUCGCCACUGCACUCAUAGGAGGAGGCCCUGCCACCAUGAUAUGGGGCUUAGUACUCGUCGCCGUGCUGACCUUGACUCUUGCACUGUCUCUGGGAGAGAUCUGUUCUCUCUAUCCGACCUCGGCUGGCGCGUACUACUGGACCUAUAAGCUUUCGCCACCGAGUAGUAGAGUUUUACUCUCAUGGAUCACUGGGUGGAUGACACUCGUGGGGGUGUGGACGAUCUCACUGAGUGUGAACUUCGGAACUGGUCAGCUUAUCGUGGCUGGCGCGGGUAUAUUCCAUCCUGACUGGAUAGCCACACCUUGGCAGACGUAUGUGAUUUUUCUGGGAGUCACUGCCGUGUCGUCUGUCGUUUGCCUGUUCUUCAACAGAUAUCUUCCUUUGAUCGAUGUUGCCUGCGCAUAUUGGACAGGCAUUGGUGUCAUAGUCAUGUUGGUGGCUCUUUCAGCCGAAGGGCGUGCAGGUCGUCACUCUGCAGGCUUUGCAUUGGGACACUUUGACCCGUCCACCUCUGGUUGGAUGCCUGGUUGGACGUUCUUCAUCGGUCUAUUGCCACCGGCAUAUACCUUCUCCGCCAUCGGCAUGGUGGCGAGUAUGGCGGAAGAAGUCCACAAUCCAGUCGUCCAGCUUCCCCGAGCAAUCGUGUACUCCGUACCCAUCGGCGCCCUCAUGGGCCUCGUCUUUCUCUUGCCGAUCACGUUUACGCUUCCCGACACGUCAGCGCUCCUAGCAGUACCCUCAGGCCAACCUAUCGGUGUCAUGUUUCAGAUGGUCAUGGGUAGCAAAGGCGGCGGAUUCGGCAUGUGGUUCAUCAUAUUCGGCAUAGGCAUGUUUUGCGCCAUAUCCAUAUCCUGCGCUGCAUCUAGGGCGACGUGGGCUUUCGCGCGAGAUCAUGCUUUGCCCUUCUCCAACGUCUUUGCACGCGUUGCCGCACCACCUCUCACAAAAGAGCCACUCCCAGUCAACGCAUUUCUGCUCUCGACGGCAGUCCAGAUCCUUUUGGGCCUGAUCUACCUUGGCUCAUCGACUGCGUUCAAUGCCUUUGUGAGCGUGAGCGUCAUAUGCCUUGGCUCGUCGUAUGCCAUGCCCGUGGCCAUCUCGCUCGCCAGUCGAAGGAGGCUGGUUAAGCAUGCGCCGUAUAGCUUGGGGAAGUGGGGCACGGUGGUCAAUGCCAUCGCGGUGUCCUGGAUCGUGUUUGCCAUCGUGCUAUUUUGCAUGCCGACGACGGUGCCUCCAACGCCUACGACUAUGAACUACGCUUCCGUGGUGUUCGUCGGCUUUGCGCUCUUCAGCGGCGUGUGGUACCUCUUCAAUGGACGUUUCCACUACAGGGGUCCACCCCAAGUAGGGGAUUCGCAUUCGGCACCAGAGACACCGAAGAUGGUUUUUGAGAAGCACGAGUCGGGAAGAGCCAGUACGACUGUGACGCCGGUUUGA